AUGUACAAUGGAAUCGGAUUACAAACAGCCCGUGGCUCGGGAACGAACGGGUACGUCCAAGCAAACAAGUUCUUCGUGAGACCCAAGACCGGCAAGGUCAUCGUCGACAACAAGGGUUUUGAGUCCGGUCAGGGCACGGCCGGGCUCACCAAGAAGCCCAACAAGGAAAUUCUUGAGCACGAUCGGAAACGCCAGAUCCAGCUCAAGCUUGUCGUCCUUGAAGACAAGUUAAUUGAUCAAGGUUUCACUGAUGCUGAGAUUGCCGAGAAGCUCGAUGAGGCUCGGAGGACUCUCGAGGCCGCCUCACUCUCGGAGGAGGCUGGUGGCCCCACCACAAUUGUCAUAUCUGACAAGAAAUAUUCGGAUACGCAGACCCACCAGAUUGCUGCCAGGAAGGAGAAGCAGAUGGAAACUUUAAAAGCUGCACUUGGAAUAGGGGUUGAAAGUGAUGAUAAAAAGAAGCAGGCUGAUUCUGUUGAAGAGGAUUUUGAUGAUGAUAGACCAAGAAAUAGCAGGAAAAAUGGUGGUAGUGAUGAUGUCAAGGGGCAUGAGAAAGACACUGGAGAGAAAAAAGAUGAUAUAAAAAAGGGUGUAAAAAAUAAGAAUGCAAAUGUAAGAGAUGAGCAGAUGAAAAAAGAAAGCAAAAGGAGAAAAGAUGGAGAUUCUUCUGACACUGAUAGCGGUGGAAAAAGUUUGGGAAGGCCUAAGAAGGAUAGGAAAAAUGGUAGAGGGAAGUAUACUGACUCUGAUUCUGAUUUUGAUAUUGAUGUUAGGAAGACGAUGCAAAAAUCAUCAAGGAAACACAAGAAAAGUAGGCAUGACAGUGAUGAUUCUGAGUCUGAUUAUGAUCAGAAAUAUGAAAGAGCUCAUAAGAGGCAUGAUUCAGAUGAUGAUGACUCUAGUUCUGAUGAAAGCCUUAAACGUAAUUCUCAAAGGGUGCAUCAACGCUCCAAAAAGAGCAAGCGGCAUGAAUCGGAUGAUACUGACUCUAGUUUGGAUGAAAGCCCUAAACGUAGCAGUCAAAGGGUGAAUCAACUUUCCAAAAGGAGCAAGCGAAGUGAUUCUGAUGAUGAAUCUGAUGCUGACAGUGGGGAGGAAUGUAAAAAAAAACAGUUAGAGAGAAAGAGGUAUCAGCCAAGUGUAAAUUACAGGCCAGAGAAAGGUUAUUUCAGUUCAAAAGAUCAUAGGAGAAUCAGCAGUGAUAGAUGGGAAGCUGGACGGUAUGGUGUGGAAAGUGACUCUGAUUCUGAAAAAGCAGCAAAACACAAAAAAGCGAGUGUGGAAAAGAGUGGGAGAAGGUAUAAUAACACUGAGAAAGACAAGUCUAAUGGUGACUAUGAUGGAAAAAUAAAGAAGAUUCAGAAAAGCAGACGGAAUGACUGCUAUGAGGAUGGUGGCAAUGACUUUAAGAGUGGCGAUUCUCAUGAGAAGAGUGAGAAUGAUUCGGGCAGCGACACUAGUGAUGACAGAUGUGAGAAAAUUGCUAGGAGGAAGCCUCUAGAAAAGAAGCGAAGUGGUGGUAGAGAUGAUUUGAGUGGCAGAGGUGGUACUGGUCUAGAGGACAAAGCUAAUGCUGUUGGAACUGAUGAUAGGAGGAGAGAAAAACGUGGUCAUCACAAUGUGGAUGAUUCGUCAGACACAUUCAGGCAAUUAGAGGAGCUGUCCCAAUCAAGGAGAUAUGUAAUGGAUGGAUCUGCUGAUUUAAGUCGAGAGAUGAUGAAGGGAAAGAGGAAGGCUGACAAUGGAAACCAGGAUGAGCAACCAGAGGCAAAGUCAAGAAGUCGGAAUUUUGGGAAAGAGGCAGAACAUAGUAGGGAUAUUGAAUCUGAGAGAAACAGUAGAUCAUACAGGAAUAAAGAUGAUCAUAGGAGACAUGACUACACAAAAUUGGAUAGAUCUGACAGAGGACAUGAGGAUAAGAAUUCUGAACGGGGGCUCAAAAGUCAGAUUGGGAGUGACUUGCCUCAUAAAAGUAGGAAAAAUGAUCAAAAUUAUGAGGAGCAUGAACGGGGUAGAAGACAAAGUAGGGAUGAAGGUGACCAUGGGAGAAAACACAAAAGAGAUGAAGACGAGAUUUACAAAAAGUAUGAGAAAGAUGGGGAGCAUCAGCAAAGAAGGCAUGGAAGGGAGAUGGAAGAAGAGCGUGGUACUACAAGGUAUGAGAGGGAUAGACAACUAGAUUCCUCCAAGAGAGCUAAGUAUGAUGAUUCUGGUUCCAGUGAGAGAAGAAGGUAUGAUGGUGACCGGCAUGAUGAUGGACGGGCCAGGCGUCGAGAGUGAACUCCUGUUACCUAGUAGCUGGUAAUAUACAGUUUACAUGACUCGCAUCUUACUUCAAUGUAUAUGUGCAUGUGCUUGUGUUCAGGGGUGGAGCCAGAAAUAUCUAUGAGGGGGGCAAAAUAUAACUGAAAACAAUCCACUAGUUGAUGCAAAAAAAUUAAGUUCAAGAAUGACAAAAAAUCAAGACUCAGGACAAAAUUAUUGUGAAUUAGUAAAUUCAAUUUUUAUUUAGCAGAAACAAAUUCUGAAUAAAAAUACCCAAUAAUUUUUCUAGUACAUUGUAACCCAAUUAUAUCUAUAUAAUAAAACAGAUGAGAGUUUGAACUUAUGGAGGUAUAUUUUCUCCCCAAAUUUCACAUACUCAACACACACUUUUCCCCCCAAAUUUCAAAAACUCAACACACACUCCACAACACACAGCUGCACAUAUAUAUACACACUCCAACACAUAUUUUAAUGCAUGCACAAUGUAAUAAUUCAGUGAACAGUGACUUUAGUCACGGGCUAUCGCUAGUAUUUCAAUAAAAUAUAUUGUUCUUUCAAAUUUCUAACAUUUUGUAUAUUAAUUAAAUAUAAAUUAAUUUUUCACUAAUUUUCUAUCAAUGUGU